CACUCAUGACUCAGUGACUCGCCCCUUUUCUUCUCUCAAACUAGCAUCAAGUCAUGAGGACACUAUACACCAGUAGCCUCCCAACAUUCCCCAACUUAUUACCAUUUUGCCACCCCAAAUCCCCCUUUCUUGUAACCCUUAACCCACACUCACUUUCUCAAAGUUCAAAUCUUUUUCAUCAAAGAUCAAAAAUCAAACAAAACCCAAUUGCCAUAAUCACGUCAUCAAUGGCUUCCACAACUCAGGGAGAGAAAAUUACAGAAAAACCCUUCUCUGUUCUCUUUGUAUGUUUGGGUAACAUUUGCAGAAGCCCAGCUGCUGAGGGUGUGUUCACUGAUUUGGUUAAAAAGAGGAAUCUUUCUGAUAAAUUUAUCAUUGAUUCUGCUGGUACCAUCAAUUAUCAUGAGGGGGGUCCAGCAGACUCGCGAAUGAGAGCUACCUCUAAAAGAAGGGGCAUUGAAAUCACGUCGAUAUCAAGGCCAAUAAGGCCUUCGGAUUUUAAAGAAUUUGAUAUCAUUCUUGCCAUGGAUAAGCAAAACAGAGAGGAUAUACUUGCAGCUUUCGAGAGAUGGAGGUUUAGGGAGACCUUACCAGCUGAUGGAGCCAAUAAGGUUAAGUUGAUGUGUUCUUACUGCAAAAAACAUGAUGAAACCGAAGUCCCCGAUCCGUACUAUGGUGGUCAACAAGGGUUUGAGAAGGUGUUGGAUUUGCUUGAGGACGCCUGUGAAUCACUUUUGGAAAGCAUUUUGGCUGAAAACAGUACUUCAUAGACUGCAAAUUUUUAUUAUCUUUUGAAGUUGUAUAAAUAAAUAGUACCUAUGGAAUAUGAUUGUUAAAUCAAACACAUAAAACAUUGUUAAUAUGCAAUUGCUCCAUUGUACUUGUAAUCACUUUUACAAUCAUUUUAGGAAUAAUAUUGAACUUGAUACCUA